AUGAUAUGGAGGGGAUUAGAACACCUGAAUCACAUGAUUGGGAGGGGAUUGGAACACCUGAAUCACAUGAUUGGAGGGGAUUGGAACACCUGAAUCACAUGAGUGGGAGGGGAUUGGAUCACCUGAAUCACAUGAUUGGGAGGGGAUUGGAACACCUGAAUCAUAUGAUUGGGAGGGGAUUGGAACACCUGAAUCACAUGAUUGGAGGGGAUUGGAACACCUGAAUCACAUGAUUGGGAGGGGAUUGGAACACAUGAAUCACAUGAUUGGCGGGGAUUGGAACACCUGAAUCACAUGAUUGAGAGGGGAUUGGAACACCUGAAUCACAUGAUUGAGAGGGGAUUGGAACACCUGAAUCCCAUGAUUGAGAGGGGAUUGGAACACCUGAAUCACAUGAUUGAGAGGGGAUUGGAACACCUGAAUCACAUGAUUGAGAGGGGAUUGGAACACCUGAAUCCCAUGAUUGAGAGGGGAUUGGAACACCUGAAUCACAUGAUUGAGAGGGGAUUGGAACACCUGAAUCACAUGAUUUGGAGGGGAUUGGAACACCUGAAUCACAUGAUUUGAAUGGCA